AUGGACACCACCGUCCAGGGCAGCGGCAGCGGCGGCGGCGGGCGCGUGCUGCUGCUGCCGUUCCCGGGGAUGCAGGGCCACGCCAACCCGAUGCUGCAGCUCGGCCGCCGCCUCGCCUACCACGGCCUCCGCCCCACCCUCGUCCUCACCCGCCACGUCCUCUCCACCGCCGCCCCCUCAGACUGCCCAUUCCCCGUGGCCGCCAUCUCCGACGGCUUCGACGCCGGCGGGAUCGCCUCCUGCCCCGACACCGCGGAGUACCUGCGCCGGAUGGAGGCCGCCGGGUCGGGCACGCUGGCGCGGCUGCUGCUCGCCGACGACGACGUGCGCGUGCUCGUCUACGACUCGCACCUGCCCUGGGCGCGGCGGGUCGCGCGGGACGCCGGCGUGGCCGCGGCCGCGUUCAUGACGCAGAUGUGCGCGGUGGACGUGGUCUACGGCGAGGCGCGCGCGGGGCGGGUCGCGCUGCCGCUGCCGGACGGGAGCGCGCUGCGUUGCCGCGGUGUGCUCAGCGUGGACCUUGGGCCCCAAGACGUGCCGCCGUUCGUGGCCAAGCCCGAGUGGUACCCGGCGUUCACGGACUCAGCUCUCGGGCAGUUCCACGGGCUGGACCAGGCCGACGACGUGCUCGUCAACUCCUUCCGCGAACUGGAACCCACGGAGGCAGAUUACAUGGAAUCGAGAUGGCGUGCAAAGACCGUCGGCCCGACAUUGCCAUCGUUCUACCUAGACGAUGAUCGUCUGCCAUUGAACAAGUCCUACGGUUUCAACCUCGUCUCCAGCACUGCUCCAUGCAUGGCAUGGCUAGACAAGCAGGCUCCUUGCUCUGUGGUCCUAGCAUCCUAUGGCACGGUCGCUAACCUCGACACGGCACAAAUAGAAGAGCUAGGCUAUGGAUUGUGCAAUUCUGCACAACCUUUCCUUUGGGUGUUGAGGUCUGAAGAAGCACAAAAGUUGCCCGAAGAACUUCGUGGAAAAUGCAACAUGAAAGGCCUAAUUGUUUCUUUUUGCCCUCAGCUGGAGGUAUUGACCCAUAGAGCCACAGGCUGUUUCUUGACACAUUGUGGAUGGAACUCAACAACCGAAGCAAUUGUCACCGGUGUACCCAUGGUGGCAAUACCACAAUGGGCAGACCAACCGACAACUGCAAAGUAUGUGGAGAGCGCUUGGGGGAUUGGCUUGCGUGCACGUCAGGAUGGAAAAGGCUUGGUGAGGAGGGAAGAGGUUGAGAGGUGUAUCAAGGAGGUAUUGGGUGGGGAAGAGUAUAAGAGGAAUGCGUCCAAGUGGAUGCAAAAAGCCAAAAGGGCAAUGCAGAAAGGAGGGAGCUCGGACAAGAAUAUUACUGAUUUUGUGGCCAAGUACUUACCAAAUUCAAGAUCAUACGAAGAUGGUGAUUCUUGAUGCAUUGAUUUAAAGUCAACCCUCGCAGAUUUAAUGUCUUUUCCAUAGAUUUUGGUAGUCUUGGAGUUGAAGUAAAACCACAUUCCUAUCUUUUAUGACUUAAGAAGGAGCUUACUGUAUGGCAAA